UCCACGUGCGCCACAGCCAUGGCGGCCCCCGUGCGGCUCGGGAGCGCGGCCCCGGUGCCCGCCAAAGCCCGAGCGCGACUCGUGGCCCAGCAGAUCCCCCAGGAGAUCCUCGGGAACGCGGAGCUGCGGGAGGCGGUGGAGGCCCUGCCCCCCAACUACAACUUCGAGAUCCCCAAGACCAUCUGGCGGAUCCGGCAGGCUCAGGCCAGGAAGGUGGCCCUGCAGAUGCCAGAAGGGCUCCUCAUGUUCGCCUGCACCAUCGCUGACAUCAUCGAGCGAUUCACGGGUGCAGAGGCGGUGGUGAUGGGUGACGUGACCUACGGCGCCUGCUGCGUGGACGACUACACGGCCCGGGCCCUGGGCGCUGACUUCCUGGUGCACUACGGCCACAGUUGCCUAAUUCCCAUCGACUCCACACAGGGGCUGAAGAUGCUCUAUGUGUUCGUGGACAUAAAGAUCGAUGCAUCCCAUUUUCUUGAGACCAUUCGCUUCAACUUUGCGGCGGGCACCUCCCUGGCCCUGGUCAGCACCAUCCAGUUCGUCUCCACGGUGCAGGCAGUGUCACAGGAGCUGCGCUCCCAGUACAAGGUGUGUGUGCCCCAGUGUAAGCCGCUGUCCCCAGGAGAGAUCCUGGGCUGCACGUCACCCCGGCUUGCUCAGGACACGGAUGCCAUUGUGUAUUUGGGCGAUGGGCGCUUCCACCUGGAGUCCAUCAUGAUUGCCAACCCAGGGAUACCUGCAUACAGGUACGAUCCCUACAGCAAAGUGUUCUCGCAGGAGCACUACAGCCACGAGCGCAUGCACCGCGCCCGGCAGGACGCCAUCCGCGCUGCCACCAGUGCCCGCUGCUGGGGACUCAUCCUGGGCACGCUGGGCCGUCAGGGCUCCCCCAGCAUCCUACAGCACCUGGAGUUGCGUCUCCGUGCCCUGGGCCGGCCCUAUGUGCGGGUGCUGCUGUCUGAGAUCUUCCCCAGCAAGUUAAAGCUCUUCCCGGAGGUGGAUGUGUGGGUGCAGGUAGCCUGUCCCCGGCUCUCCAUCGACUGGGGAGAAGCCUUCAGCAAGCCACUGUUGACACCCUAUGAGGCUGCGGUGGCUCUCCAGGACAUCGAGUGGCAGCAGCCUUAUCCCAUGGACUUCUAUGCCAGCCAGUCCCUGGGGCCGUGGACGGUGAACCACGGUGGCACACAGCCGCCGCGCCGCGGGCGGCCGGCACAGGGCAAGGCAGCCGCGCCCCCCGCCCCGCCCGAGGCUGGGGAGCAGCCAAGCACCGGGGACCCCGCAGCCCCGUGA